UAUAAGCUUUACAAAAACAAUUUUAAUUUGGAUUAGAAAAAGAAAAGAAAAGAGUAUGGAUUAAAGAAGAAAAAAACCGCCAAUAUAACUUCCCUAACUGUCACAGACUGAAGGAAGUGGGACCCCAAAAAGAAGAAGACCCAAAAGUUUCAGUGAAAGAAAGAAAAUACACUUCAGAAAAUCACUCCACUCUCUCUCUUACUCUCUUUCUCCUUGGUUCUCUGCAACUCCAAGAUCUAGUGUAGUGCAAGUGAAAGAGUGUUCUUUCCAUGCCAAGAUUUCCUUAAAAGAGAAAAAUGCCAUUGCCAUUGUUUCCUUUAGGGACCAAAACCGUCAUCGUUUUUUCCUUCUUGGUUUUGAUCUGGGGUUUCCGGAGUUGCCAUGGCCGCAUCUUCAGCUUCAAGAUGCACCAUCGAUUCUCAGAACCCGUCAAGAAGUGGUCAGAGACUUCCGGUGCCGGUAAGCUCUCUCCACCUCAAAAUUUGCCGGAGAAGGGAAGCUACGAGUACUACGCCGCAUUGGCCCACCGCGAUCGCCUCCUCCGUGGCCGGAAGCUCUCCGAAAUCGAUGCGCCGCUUGCCUUCUCCGAAGGAAACUCAACCUUUAGGCUCAGCAAUUUGGGAUUUCUGCAUUAUACGACGGUCAAGUUGGGUACUCCGGGAAUGAUGUUCAUGGUGGCUCUAGAUACUGGAAGUGACCUAUUUUGGGUGCCCUGUGACUGUAACCGAUGUGCUCCUACUGAUGGCACAACUUUUUCCUCUGAUUUUCAGUCUAAUAUGUAUGACCCCAAAGGCUCUUCAACAAGCAAAAAGGUUACUUGCAACAAUACUAUGUGUGCCCGUCGGAAUCGUUGCCUUGAAUUAGGCAGUUGCCCUUACAUGGUCUCUUAUGUCUCAGCAGAAACAUCUACUUCUGGAGUAUUGAUAGAGGAUGUCCUGCACUUGAAAAGGGAGGAUAAAUAUCAGGAACUUGUUGAGGCAUACGUCACUUUUGGUUGUGGACAGGUUCAAAGCGGUUCAUUCCUUGAUGUUGCAGCUCCCAAUGGUUUAUUUGGGCUUGGAAUGGAGAAGAUAUCAGUACCUAGCAUUUUAUCGAGGGAAGGGUUUAUAGCAAAUUCUUUUUCCAUGUGUUUUGGACAAGAUGGGGUUGGAAGAAUUAGUUUUGGUGACAAGGGCAGUCUCGAUCAGGAAGAGACCCCAUUUAAUUUGAACCCAUCACAUCCAACAUACAAUAUCAGUGUUACCCAAAUUCGAGUUGGAACAACUUUAUUUGAUGUGGAUUUGGCAGCUCUUUUUGAUUCAGGGACCUCGUUCACAUAUUUGGUUGACCCAGCCUAUACAAAGCUUGCAGAAAGUGUAAGAAAAACAGUGAAAUGCAUGCUCACCAUUUAUGGUUUUGUAAUUUUGCUCUCACACUUGCAUUCCAUUCAUAUUCUUUUGCAGUUUCAUUCACAGGUUCAUGAUACACGACGUCCAUCAGACUCAAGGAUUCCUUUUGAAUAUUGUUAUGAUAUGAGUGUUGAUGUGAAUUCUAGUUUGAUUCCUACUCUGCGCUUAACUAUGAAAGGUGGAAGUCAAUUUGCUGUCGUUGAUCCCAUCAUUGUCAUCUCCACUCAGAAUGAAAUUGUAUAUUGCCUGGCAGUUGUCAAGAGUGCAGAACUGAAUAUAAUUGGACAGAACUUCAUGACUGGCUAUCGAGUGGUGUUUGAUAGAGAGAAACUCAUCUUGGGCUGGAAGAAAUUCGAUUGUUAUGAUGUUGAUGACUAUACUAAUUUCUCUGAAAAUCCCAAUUCUACCAAUGUGCCUCCUGCUGUUGCUGCAGGACUAAGCAAUAAUUCUACCCCAAAAUCUACAAAGGAGAUUAACAAGAACAAGAGUAAUCAGACUUCAAGUGCAUGUACAUCUUAUCCUCACCAUACAACUCCCGUGAAUUGCUUUAGAGUUCUCAUCUUAUUCUCUCUCAUACUCUUUACAUUGUCAGACUUUGCAGGCCAAUUUUUAGCCCUUCAUGUCUUAUAGUCCUAGGUUUUCUCUUUCUUACCAUUAUGUCUACAAUUUAAACCAUACACCACAGGACAGGAUAAGAAAAUACUAAUAGUAGUUCAGCUCAUUCCCACUAUCUUCUUAAGCUUAGUCAUUUACCACAACAGCCACAGGCAAUGACAGUUCAUUAUUAUUGUGUAUUGUCAUAUUCUCAGAGAUGACAGAGCUUUUCUGUGAUUUUUUAUAUCAGAAAGGAAUGAUAUAAAUAUAUAUGUUGAUAGAUUGUUUCUUUAA